AAACAAAGUCCUAGAGACAAAUCGCAAGCUUCCCGAAUUCUUUGUUUACGACCUUCCUUUGGAAUAUCGAACGUGUCAAUAUCAUAUUUAUUAACCACCGAGAUCCCUCGGCAACUUAACCUGCCAACGCUCUCUUCGACGAAACACUUUGAAUUAGAUCUUGGAAUCUACCACGUGCCAACCGGCAAAUCACAGUCAUUAUUCUUUUCUCUUGAAGAGAAAAGCUGAAACAUAAAAAAUACGAAAUUACAAGAAUAGCGAAGAUGCAGAUUCGAUCUUUUCUCAUUGCCGCGCUGGCUGCUGGUACAGCUACGGCUCACAUGAACAUGAAGGACCCUCCCCCACUAGCAUACAAGGGUAACCCAAACUCCAAGGACCCGAAUAUCGACUACUCUAUCACUUCUCCCAUCACCAAGGAGCAAUACCCCUGCAAGGGUUACCUCAAGUUGAUCGGUACUCCCGAGGGUGCUUCCGUCAAGACCUACGCUCCCGGUGGCCAGUACUCGAUGAGCGUCGAAGGAGGUGCCUAUCACAACGGUGGUAGUUGUCAGCUCUCCCUGUCCUACGACAAGGGCAACACAUUCACCGUCAUCAAGUCGUUCAUUGGUAACUGCCCUACCGCCUCGGGUGGUACUUUCAACUUCAACAUCCCUACCGAUGCUCCUGAGGGCGAUGAUGUCGUUUUCGCCUGGACUUGGGUCAACAACACUGGUAACCGAGAAUUCUACAUGUCUUGCGCCAUCGUCACCAUCAAGGGUGGUGCCGCGAAGCGUGAGCUUCCCAUGCCGAACAUGAAGCGCGACACUGCCUUUUCCAGCCGCCCCCAAAUGUUCACGGCGAACUUGGACGGUGAGUACUGCACCAAGGAAGGCGUCGACACUGUUUACCCCGAACCCGGCCCAGACGUUGAGAACACGUCUACCAAGCCCGGCCCCGCAGUCUUGUGCGCCACUGGUGCCGAUGCUCCUGAGGGCGGCUCCGGCUCCGGCUCUGGUUCCGGCUCUGGCUCUGGCUCUGGUGCUGGUUCUAGCUCAUCAGCUGCUACCUCUGAAGUCGCUCAGCCCACAUCGGCUCCCGCUCAGGAACCUUCUUCGGCCCCUACCUCCGCUGCUGCCUCGCCCACAAUUACUGGUGGUGUUUUCGUGACUCAGCCUCCUUCCGGAGAUGCUACUCCUACCAACCCUAUCCCCACUGCUCCCUCGACUCUGUCUACGGCAGUUGUUCCCUCUUCGAGCGCAGGAGCUGGUGCCGGUGCUUCUUCCUCAGCUGUUGCGGUGCCUCCCGCAGCAUCAUCCCCUGCUGGUACUCCCACUACCAGCGCUAAGGCUCCUACCUCUACCGGUGGCGCCGGUGCCGGCGCUGGUGCUCAGUCUGGUGCUUGCACCAGCGAGGGCGCAUGGGCUUGCUCGGCAGAUGGCGCUUCGUUCCAGCGAUGCGCUUCCGGUCAGUGGAGCGUGGCCAUCCCUAUGGCCUCGGGCACUAAGUGCACUCCUGGUAUCAGCAACACCUUCCAGGUCGACCGUGUCCGACGGAGCCGCGUUCGCCGCGCUGCUCAGAUUUAAUUCGGACUACUGAGACAGAUAGCUCCGAAUUUUACCCGGCACAUAAAACCUUCAUCCCAAGGCUAGGGGCAUGGGAUUACUUCAGCUGUACAU